CCAAGGAAACCACCGUCUCUUUCCGGUCCAACCGUCCUCCAGCCAAGGUCGAAUCAACAGCAGUUGAGGGGACCAGCCCUUCCCUCUCUUCGGCAACAUCUCCUAUGGCUGUGCAGCUCAGAACCUCGACUCUGGAGGUGACCGGUUCCACCACGAUGAGGUCGCCUUCCACUGUGGAGACCAGCUUCACGUCUCUUCAAGGUCAAACCACGCCAACCUUUAGCAAGGUUUCUCCCACUAAGGCCAAGCUGACCUCAGCAGAAGUGACCAAAACAGCUUCCCCAGCAUCCGAAUCUCCCCUGGCCACGUCUCCUUCCAUGCCGAACGUAUCCUCUCCGGAUCGGACCUCGCCGCCAACGUCUCCCUCAGAGACCACCAUUGCAUCCAACGGCACGAGUUCUUCUAUUCAUGCAGAAUCCACCCCAGCUGAAGGAGGCACCACCUCUUUGCUCCAUUCGACACGCUCGAGCACUGCAGUACCAGAAACCAUGUCCUCCGCAGAGUCGGUGGCCUCUAUUGUCACCACGACAGCUACUGUUGGCAUGACUGAGCUAACCUCCGCCAAGGAACAAACUAGUCCCUCCCUCGCCCCCUCUUCUACCAUGCAGCCGAAAGGAACCUCACCGCAGGAGACCACAACUCAACACCCGCCUUCUGGCUCUUCCACAGGGGAACCGGAGGUCAGCUCUGCCCGAGGCACCUCCGUUUUCCCGUCAACUUCUUCCCCUUCCAGUCACCACUCUUCCAUUGCCCUUACCAAGGAAACCACCGUCUCCUUCCGGUCCACCCGUCCUCCAGCCAAGGUCGAAUCAACAGCAGUUGAGGGGACCAGCCCUUCCCUCUCUUCGGCAACAUCUCCUACGUCUUUGCAGCUCCGAACCUCGACUCUGGAGGUGACCGGUUCCACCCCGAUGAGGUCGCCUUCCACUGUGGAGACCAGCUUCACGUCUCUUCAAGGUCAAACCACGCCAACCUUCAGCAAGGUUUCUCCCACUAAGGCCGAGCUGACCUCAGCAGAAUUGACCAAAACAGCUUCCCCAGCAUCCGAAUCUCCCCUGGCCACGUCUCCUUCCAUGCCGACCGUAUCCUCUCCGAAUCGGACCUUGCCGCCAUCGUCUCCCUCAGACACCACCAUUGCAUCCCACGGCACGCGUUCUUCUAUUCAUGCAGAAUCCACCCCAGCUGAAGGAGGCACCACCUCUUCGCUCCAUUCGACACGCUCGAGCACUGCAGUCCCAGAAACCAUGUCCUCCGCAGAGUCGACGGCCUCUAUUGUCACCACGACAGCUACUGUUGGCAUGACUGAGCUAACCUCCGCCAAGGAACAAACUCGUCCCUCCCUCGCCCACUCUUCUACCAUGCAGCCGAAAGGAACCUCACCGCAGGAGACCACAACUCAACACCCGCCUUCUGGCUCUUCCACAGGGAAACCGGAGGUCAGCUCUGCCCGAGGCACCUCCGUUUCCCCGUCAACUUCUUCCCCUUCCAGUCACCACUCUUCCAUUGCCCUUACCAAGGAAACCACCGUCUCCUUCCGGUCCACCCGUCCUCCAGCCAAGGUCGAAUCAACAGCAGUUGAGGGGACCAGCCCUUCCCUCUCUUCGGCAACAUCUCCUACGGCUGUGCAGCUCAGAACCUCGACUCUGGAGGUGACCGGUUCCACCCCGAUGAGGUCGCCUUCCACUGUGGAGACCAGCUUCACGUCUCUUGAAGGUCAAACCACGCCAACCUUCAGCAAGGUUUCUCCCACUAAGGCCGAGCUGACCUCAGCAGAAGUGACCAAAACAGCUUCCCCAGCAUCCGAAUCUCCCCUCGCCACGUCUCCUUCCAUGCCGACCGUAUCCUCUCCGGAUCGGACCUCGCCGCCAUCGUCUCCCUCAGAGACCACCAUUGCAUCCCACGGCACGAGUUCUUCUAUUCAUGCAGAAUCCACCCCAGCUAAAGGAGGCACCACCUCUUCGCUCCAUUCGACACGCUCGAGCACUGCAGUCCCAGAAACCAUGUCCUCCGCAGAGUCGGUGGCCUCUAUUGUCACCACGACAGCUACUGUUGGCAUGACUGAGCUAACCUCCGCCAAGGAACAAACUCGUCCCUCCCUCGCCCACGCUUCUACCAUGCAGCCGAAAGGAACCUCACCGCAGGAGACCACAACUCAACACCCGCCUUCUGGCUCUUCCACAGGGAAACCGGAGGUCAGCUCUGCCCGAGGCACCUCCGUUUCCCCGUCAACUUCUUCCCCUUCCAGUCACCACUCUUCCAUUGCCCUUACCAAGGAAACCACCGUCUCCUUCCGGUCCACCCGUCCUCCAGCCAAGGUCGAAUCAACAGCAGUUGAGGGGACCAGCCCUUCCCUCUCUUCGGCAACAUCUCCUACGGCUGUGCAGCUCAGAACCUCGACUCUGGAGGUGACCGGUUCCACCCCGAUGAGGUCGCCUUCCACUGUGGAGACCAGCUUCACGUCUCUUGAAGGUCAAACCACGCCAACCUUCAGCAAGGUUUCUCCCACUAAGGCCGAGCUGACCUCAGCAGAAGUGACCAAAACAGCUUCCCCAGCAUCCGAAUCUCCCCUGGCCACGUCUCCUUCCAUGCCGACCGUAUCCUCUCCGGAUCGGACCUCGCCGCCAUCGUCUCCCUCAGAGACCACCAUUGCAUCCCACGGCACGAGUUCUUCUAUUCAUGCAGAAUCCACCCCAGCUGAAGGAGGCACCACCUCUUCGCUCCAUUCGACACGCUCGAGCACUGCAGUCCCAGAAACCAUGUCCUCCGCAGAGUCGGUGGCCUCUAUUGUCACCACGACAGCUACUGUUGGCAUGACUGAGCUAACCUCCGCCAAGGAACAAACUAGUCCCUCCCUCGCCCACUCUUCUACCAUGCAGCCGAAAGGAACCUCACCGCAGGAGACCACAACUCAACACCCGCCUUCUGGCUCUUCCACAGGGAAACCGGAGGUCAGCUCUGCCCGAGGCACCUCCGUUUCCCCGUCAACUUCUUCCCCUUCCAGUCACCACUCUUCCAUUGCCCUUACCAAGGAAACCACCGUCUCCUUCCGGUCCACCCGUCCUCCAGCCAAGGUCGAAUCAACAGCAGUUGAGGGGACCAGCCCUUCCCUCUCUUCGGCAACAUCUCCUACGGCUGUGCAGCUCAGAACCUCGACUCUGGAGGUGACCGGUUCCACCCCGAUGAGGUCGCCUUCCACUGUGGAGACCAGCUUCACGUCUCUUGAAGGUCAAACCACGCCAACCUUCAGCAAGGUUUCUCCCACUAAGGCCGAGCUGACCUCAGCAGAAGUGACCAAAACAGCUUCCCCAGCAUCCGAAUCUCCCCUGGCCACGUCUCCUUCCAUGCCGACCGUAUCCUCUCCGGAUCGGACCUCGCCGCCAUCGUCUCCCUCAGAGACCACCAUUGCAUCCCACGGCACGAGUUCUUCUAUUCAUGCAGAAUCCACCCCAGCUGAAGGAGGCACCACCUCUUCGCUCCAUUCGACACGCUCGAGCACUGCAGUCCCAGAAACCAUGUCCUCCGCAGAGUCGGUGGCCUCUAUUGUCACCACGACAGCUACUGUUGGCAUGACUGAGCUAACCUCCGCCAAGGAACAAACUCGUCCCUCCCUCGCCCACGCUUCUACCAUGCAGCCGAAAGGAACCUCACCGCAGGAGACCACAACUCAACACCCGCCUUCUGGCUCUUCCACAGGGAAACCGGAGGUCAGCUCUGCCCGAGGCACCUCCGUUUCCCCGUCAACUUCUUCCCCUUCCAGUCACCACUCUUCCAUUGCCCUUACCAAGGAAACCACCGUCUCCUUCCGGUCCACCCGUCCUCCAGCCAAGGUCGAAUCAACAGCAGUUGAGGGGACCAGCCCUUCCCUCUCUUCGGCAACAUCUCCUACGUCUGUGCAGCUCAGAACCUCGACUCUGGAGGUGACCGGUUCCACCCCGAUGAGGUCGCCUUCCACUGUGGAGACCAGCUUCACGUCUCUUGAAGGUCAAACCACGCCAACCUUCAGCAAGGUUUCUCCCACUAAGGCCGAGCUGACCUCAGCAGAAGUGACCAAAACAGCUUCCCCAGCAUCCGAAUCUCCCCUGGCCACGUCUCCUUCCAUGCCGACCGUAUCCUCUCCGGAUCGGACCUCGCCGCCAUCGUCUCCCUCAGACACCACCAUUGCAUCCCACGGCACGAGUUCUUCUAUUCAUGCAGAAUCCACCCCAGCUAAAGGAGGCACCACCUCUUCGCUCCAUUCGACACGCUCGAGCACUGCAGUCCCAGAAACCAUGUCCUCCGCAGAGUCGGUGGCCUCUAUUGUCACCACGACAGCUACUGUUGGCAUGACUGAGCUAACCUCCGCCAAGGAACAAACUAGUCCCUCCCUCGCCCACUCUUCUACCAUGCAGCCGAAAGGAACCUCACCGCAGGAGACCACAACUCAACACCCGCCUUCUGGCUCUUCCACAGGGAAACCGGAGGUCAGCUCUGCCCGAGGCACCUCCGUUUCCCCGUCAACUUCUUCCCCUUCCAGUCACCACUCUUCCAUUGCCCUUACCAAGGAAACCACCGUCUCCUUCCGGUCCACCCGUCCUCCAGCCAAGGUAGAAUCAACAGCAGUUGAGGGGACCAGCCCUUCCCUCUCUUCGGCAACAUCUCCUACGGCUGUGCAGCUCAGAACCUCGACUCUGGAGGUGACCGGUUCCACCCCGAUGAGGUCGCCUUCCACUGUGGAGACCAGCUUCACGUCUCUUGAAGGUCAAACCACGCCAACCUUCAGCAAGGUUUCUCCCACUAAGGCCGAGCUGACCUCAGCAGAAGUGACCAAAACAGCUUCCCCAGCAUCCGAAUCUCCCCUGGCCACGUCUCCUUCCAUGCCGACCGUAUCCUCUCCGGAUCGGACCUCGCCGCCAUCGUCUCCCUCAGAGACCACCAUUGCAUCCCACGGCACGAGUUCUUCUAUUCAUGCAGAAUCCACCCCAGCUGAAGGAGGCACCACCUCUUUGCUCCAUUCGACACGCUCGAGCACUGCAGUCCCAGAAACCAUGUCCUCCGCAGAGUCGGUGGCCUCUAUUGUCACCACGACAGCUACUGUUGGCAUGACUGAGCUAACCUCCGCCAAGGAACAAACUAGUCCCUUCCUCGCCCACUCUUCUACCCUGCAGCCGAAAGGAACCUCACCGCAGGAGACAACAACUCAACACCCGCCUUCUGGCUCUUCCACAGGGGAACCUGAGGUCAGCUCUGCACGAGGCACCUCCGUUUCCCCGUCAACGUCUUCCCCUUCCAGUCACCACUCUUCCAUUGCCCUUACCAAGGAAACCACCGUCUCCUUCCGGUCCACCCGUCCUCCAGCCAAGGUCGAAUCAACAGCAGUUGAGGGGACCAGCCCUUCCCUCUCUUCGGCAACAUCUCCUAUGGCUGUGCAGAUCAGAACCUCGACUCUGGAGGUGACCGGUUCCACCCCGAUGAGGUCGCCUUCCAUUGUGGAAACCAGCUUCACGUCUCUUGAAGGUCAAACCACGCCAACCUUCAGCAAGGUUUCUCCCACUAAGGCCGAGCUGACCUCAGCAGAAGUGACCAAAACAGCUUCCCCAGCAUCCGAAUCUCCCCUGGCCACGUCUCCUUCCAUGCCGACCGUAUCCUCUCCGGAUCGGACCUCGCCGCCAUCGUCUCCCUCAGAGACCACCAUUGCAUCCCACGGCACGAGUUCUUCUAUUCAUGCAGAAUCCACCCCAGCUGAAGGAGGCACCACCUCUUCGCUCCAUUCGACACGCUCGAGCACUGCAGUCCCAGAAACCAUGUCCUCCGCAGAGUCGGUGGCCUCUAUUGUCACCACGACAGCUACUGUUGGCAUGACUGAGCUAACCUCCGCCAAGGAACAAACUAGUCCCUUCCUCGCCCACUCUUCUACCAUGCAGCCGAAAGGAACCUCACCGCAGGAGACAACAACUCAACACCCGCCUUCUGGCUCUUCCACAGGGGAACCUGAGGUCAGCUCUGCACGAGGCACCUCCGUUUCCCCGUCAACGUCUUCCCCUUCCAGUCACCACUCUUCCAUUGCCCUUACCAAGGAAACCACCGUCUCCUUCCGGUCCACCCGUCCUCCAGCCAAGGUCGAAUCAACAGCAGUUGAGGGGACCAGCCCUUCCCUCUCUUCGGCAACAUCUCCUAUGGCUGUGCAGAUCAGAAACUCGACUCUGGAGGUGACCGGUUCCACCCCGAUGAGGUCGCCUUCCAUUGUGGAAACCAGCUUCACGUCUCUUGAAGGUCAAACCACGCCAACCUUCAGCAAGGUUUCUCCCACUAAGGCCGAGCUGACCUCAGCAGAAGUGACCAAAACAGCUUCCCCAGCAUCCGAGUCUCCCUUGGCCACGUCUCCUUCCAUGCCGACCGUAUCCUCUCCGGCUCGGACCUCGCCGCCAUCGUCUCCCUCAGAAACCACCAUUGCAUCCCACGGCACGAGUUCUUCUAUUCAUGCAGAAUCCACCCCAGCUAAAGGAGGCACCACCUCUUCGCUCCAUUCGACACGCUCGAGCACUGCAGUCCCAGAAACCCUGUCCUCCGCAGAGUCGGUGGCCGCUAUUGUCACCACGACAGCUACUGUUGGCAUGACUGAGCUAACCUCCGCCAAGGAACAAACUCGUCCCUCCCUCGCCCACUCUUCUACCAUGCAGCCGAAAGGAACCUCACCGCAGGAGACCACAACUCAACACCCGCCUUCUGGCUCUUCCACAGGGAAACCGGAGGUCAGCUCUGCCCGAGGCACCUCCGUUUCCCCGUCAACUUCUUCCCCUUCCAGUCACCACUCUUCCAUUGCCCUUACCAAGGAACCCACCGUCUCCUUCCGGUCCACCCGUCCUCCAGCCAAGGUCGAAUCAACAGCAGUUGAGGGGACCAGCCCUUCCCUCUCUUCGGCAACAUCUCCUCUGGCUGUGCAGCUCAGAACCUCGACUCUGGAGGUGACCGGUUCCACCCCGAUGAGGUCGCCUUCCAUUGUGGAAACCAGCUUCACGUCUCUUGAAGGUCAAACCACGCCAACCUUCAGCAAGGUUUCUCCCACUAAGGCCGAGCUGACCUCAGCAGAAGUGACAAAAACAGCUUCCCGAGCAUACGAAUCUCCCCUGGCCACGUCUCCUUCCAUGCCGACCGUAUCCUCUCCGGAUCAGACCUCGCCGCCAUCGUCUCCCUCAGAGACCACCAUUGCAUCCCACGGCACGAGUUCUUCUAUUCAUGCAGAAUCCACCCCAGCUAAAGGAGGCACCACCUCUUCGCUCCAUUCGACACGCUCGAGCACUGCAGUCCCAGAAACCAUGUCCUCCGCAGAGUCGGUGGCCUCUAUUGUCACCACGACAGCUACUGUUGGCAUGACUGAGCUAACCUCCGCCAAGGAACAAACUCGUCCCUCCCUCGCACACUCUUCUACCAUGCAGCCGAAAGGAAUCUCACCGCAGGAGACCACAACUCAACACCCGCCUUCUGGCUCUUCCACAGGGAAACCGGAGGUCAGCUCUGCCCGAGGCACCUCCGUUUCCCCGUCAACUUCUUCCCCUUCCAGUCACCACUCUUCCAUUGCCCUUACCAAGGAAACCACCGUCUCCUUCCGGUCCACCCGUCCUCCAGCCAAGGUUGAAUCAACAGCAGUUGAGGGGACCAGCCCUUCCCUCUCUUCGGCAACAUCUCCUACGGCUGUGCAGCUCAGAACCUCGACUCUGGAGGUGACCGGUUCCACCCCGAUGAGGUCGCCUUCCACUGUGGAGACCAGCUUCACGUCUCUUGAAGGUCAAACCACGCCAACCUUCAGCAAGGUUUCUCCCACUAAGGCCGAGCUGACCUCAGCAGAAGUGACCAAAACAGCGUCCCCAGCAUCCGAAUCUCCCCUCGCCACGUCUCCUUCCAUGCCGACCGUAUCCUCUCCGGAUCGGACCUCGCCGCCAUCGUCUCCCUCAGAGACCACCAUUGCAUCCCACGGCACGAGUUCUUCUAUUCAUGCAGAAUCCACCCCAGCUGAAGGAGGCACCACCUCUUUGCUCCAGUCGACACGCUCGAGCACUGCAGUCCCAGAAACCAUGUCCUCCGCAGAGUCGGUGGCCUCUAUUGUCACCACGACAGCUACUUCUCCGGAUCGGACCUCGCCGCCAUCGUCUCCCUCAGAGACCAGCAUUGCAUCCCACGGCACGCGUUCUUCUAUUCAUGCAGAAUCCACCCCAGCUAAAGGAGGCACCACCUCUUCGCUCCAUUCGACACGCUCGAGCACUGCAGUCCCAGAAACCAUGUCCUCCGCAGAGUCGGUGGCCUCUAUUGUCACCACGACAGCUUCUGUUGGCAUGACUGAGCUAACCUCCGCCAAGGAACAAACUCGUCCCUCCCUCGCCCACUCUUCUACCAUGCAGCCGAAAGGAACCUCACCCCAGGAGACCACAACUCAACACCCGCCUUCUGGCUCUUCCACAGGGAAACCGGAGGUCAGCUCUGCCCGAGGCACCUCCGUUUCCCCGUCAACUUCUUCCCCUUCCAGUCACCACUCUUCCAUUGCCCUUACCAAGGAAACCACCGUCUCCUUCCGGUCCACCCGUCCUACAGCCAAGGUCGAAUCAACAGCAGUUGAGGGGACCAGCCCUUCCCUCUCUUCGGCAACAUCUCCUACGGCUGUGCAGCUCAGAACCUCGACUAUGGAGGUGACCGGUUCCACCCCGAUGAGGUCGCCUUCCACUGUGGAGACCAGCUUCACGUCUCUUCAAGGUCAAACCACGCCAACCUUCAGCAAGGUUUCUCCCACUAAGGCCGAGCUGACCUCAGCAGAAGUGACCAAAACAGCGUCCCCAGCAUCCGAAUCUCCCCUCGCCACGUCUCCUUCCAUGCCGACCGUAUCCUCUCCGGAUCGGACCUCGCCGCCAUCGUCUCCCUCAGAGACCACCAUUGCAUCCCACGGCACGAGUUCUUCUAUUCAUGCAGAAUCCACCCCAGCUGAAGGAGGCACCACCUCUUUGCUCCAGUCGACACGCUCGAGCACUGCAGUCCCAGAAACCAUGUCCUCCGCAGAGUCGGUGGCCUCUAUUGUCACCACGACAGCUACUGUUGGCAUGACUGAGCUAACCUCCGCCAAGGAACAAACUAGUCCCUUCCUCGCCCACUCUUCUACCAUGCAGCCGAAAGGAACCUCACCGCAGGAGACAACAACUCAACACCCGCCUUCUGGCUCUUCCACAGGGGAACCUGAGGUCAGCUCUGCACGAGGCACCUCCGUUUCCCCGUCAACGUAUUCCCCUUCCAGUCACCACUCUUCCAUUGCCCUUACCAAGGAAACCACCGUCUCCUUCCGGUCCACCCGUCCUCCAGCCAAGGUCGAAUCAACAGCAGUUGAGGGGACCAGCCCUUCCCUCUCUUCGGCAACAUCUCCUAUGGCUGUGCAGAUCAGAAACUCGACUCUGGAGGUGACCGGUUCCACCCCGAUGAGGUCGCCUUCCAUUGUGGAAACCAGCUUCACGUCUCUUGAAGGUCAAACCACGCCAACCUUCAGCAAGGUUUCUCCCACUAAGGCCGAGCUGACCUCAGCAGAAGUGACCAAAACAGCUUCCCCAGCAUCCGAGUCUCCCUUGGCCACGUCUCCUUCCAUGCCGACCGUAUCCUCUCCGGCUUGGACCUCGCCGCCAUCGUCUCCCUCAGAGACCACCAUUGCAUCCCAUGGCACGAGUUCUUCUAUUCAUGCAGAAUCCACCCCAUCUGAAGGAGGCACCACCUCUUCGCUCCAUUCGACACGCUCAAGCACUGCAGUCCCAGAAACCAUGUCCUCCGCAGAGUCGGUGGCCUCUAUUGUUACCACGACAGCUACUGUUGGCAUGACUGAGCUAACCUCCGCCAAGGAACAAACUAGUCCCUUCCUCGCCCACUCUUCUACCAUGCAGCCGAAAGGAACCUCACCGCAGGAGACAACAACUCAACACCCGCCUUCUGGCUCUUCCACAGGGGAACCUGAGGUCAGCUCUGCACGAGGCACCUCCGUUUCCCCGUCAACGUCUUCCCCUUCCAGUCACCACUCUUCCCUUGCCCUUACCAAGGAAACCACCGUCUCCUUCCGGUCCACCCGUCCUCCAGCCAAGGUAGAAUCAACAGCAGUUGAGGGGACCAGCCCUUCCCUCUCUUCGGCAACAUCUCCUACGUCUGUGCAGCUCAGAACCUCGACUGUGGAGGUGACCGGUUCCACCCCGAUGAGGUCGCCUUCCACUGUGGAGACCAGCUUCACGUCUCUUGAAGGUCAAACCACGCCAACCUUCAGCAAGGUUUCUCCCACUAAGGCCGAGCUGACCUCAGCAGAAGUGACAAAAACAGCUUCCCGAGCAUACGAAUCUCCCCUGGCCACGUCUCCUUCCAUGCCGACCGUAUCCUCUCCGGAUCAGACCUCGCCGCCAUCGUCUCCCUCAGAGACCACCAUUGCAUCCCACGGCACGAGUUCUUCUAUUCAUGCAGAAUCCACCCCAGCUAAAGGAGGCACCACCUCUUCGCUCCAUUCGACACGCUCGAGCACUGCAGUCCCAGAAACCAUGUCCUCCGCAGAGUCGGUGGCCUCUAUUGUCACCACGACAGCUACUGUUGGCAUGACUGAGCUAACCUCCGCCAAGGAACAAACUCGUCCCUCCCUCGCACACUCUUCUACCAUGCAGCCGAAAGGAAUCUCACCGCAGGAGACCACAACUCACCACCCGCCUUCUGGCUCUUCCACAGGGAAACCGGAGGUCAGCUCUGCCCGAGGCACCUCCGUUUCCCCGUCAACUUCUUCCCCUUCCAGUCACCACUCUUCCAUUGCCCUUACCAAGGAACCCACCGUCUCCUUCCGGUCCACCCGUCCUCCAGCCAAGCUACUGUGCAUGACUGAGCUAACCUCCGCCAAGGAACAAACUAGUCCCUCCCUCGCCCACUCUUCUACCAUGCAGCCGAAAGGAACCUCACCGCAGGAGACCACAACUCAACACCUGCUUUCUGGCUCUUCCACAGGGAAACCGGAGUUCAGCUCUGCCCGAGGCACCUCCGUUUCCCCGUCAACUUCUUCCCCUUCCAGUCACCACUCUUCCAUUGCCCUUACCAAGGAAACCACCGUCUCCUUCCGGUCCACCCGUCCUCCAGCCAAGGUAGAAUCAACAGCAGUUGAGGGGACCAGCCUUUCCCUCUCUUCGGCAACAUCUCCUACGGCUGUGCAGCUCAGAACCUCGACUCUGGAGGUGACCGGUUCCACCCCGAUGAGGUCGCCUUCCACUGUGGAGACCAGCUUCACGUCUCUUGAAGGUCAAACCACGCCAACCUUCAGCAAGGUUUCUCCCACAAAGCCCGUGCUGACCUCAGCAGAAGUGACCAAAACAGCUUCCCCAGCAUCCGAAUCUCCCCUGGCCACGUCUCCUUCCAUGCCGACUGUAUCCUCUCCGGAUCGGACCUCGCCACCAUCGUCUCCCUCAGAGACCACCAUUGCAUCCCACGGCACGAGUUCUUCUAUUCAUGCAGAAUCC